AUGAACCCCUCUUCCCCUCAAAGACGCGUCUUGAAGCGCUCAGCUUCAACAGCUUCUCUCCCGACGCCCCCGAGAACUUAUCGACGUCGUGCUCGCGGUCGAUCGCGCGGCUCAUGCGACAGCGACAGCGACGACGACAAUGCCCCUUCUCAACAGCAUUCUCCAGUAUCCACCGAUGACGAGUCAGAGCGACCCUCAGGUCUAGAUGAAAGACAAUCAAGGAAGAAGCGCAGGACCACGCUGGCUCAGGAAAAUGACGAUGAAGAGGCCUUUUGGAUGGGUGGCAACGAUUCUAAACAAGGCGACGUUUCGGGCGCCAACACCAAAUCAGCUGCGGCCAAAAGCCAGGGCCCUUUGCUAUAUCGCAAGCUCCAGGCGAGCGCAUCGACCUCCCAGGUGGAACAAGGCCUGCUGUCACCGCCAGCUUCCCACAGAAAACCUGUCAACCCUCCUGUUGCUCCUCGCCCGACUUCACCCAGUCCCGCCACUACCGUAUCUGAACCGGUCACACCACAACCCAAGGCCAAGAGCAAGCCUUUUGUUGAUGAUUCACCUGUUGUUGGUAUCGUAGACUCGCCUUCUAAUCCGUUCGUUGCGACCCCUGUCGGCGAAGACGAUGAUGUGGAGAGUGUGGCUAGUCCCAAGGCCGAGGACCACGAUGACGAACCGGUCUACGACAAGCCCACGGUCACCUAUGUCUUCCGUGGCGUCAAGCGAGUCUAUCAAAACCCGAUGUACGACCCUGUCAAGAAGCGCGCCAUCUCACCACCCCCCAAUUCCAAACUCCCCGUCGACGACCCCCUCUUCUCUCCGGACCCCACGUGUAAACCCCGGCUCCUGUUCCCUGAAGCGCACAAAAAACGAAGGGCCAAGCAUCAGAAGAAGCCCGUUCCACAGGCGCGCUCUGACUCGGACGAGGAGGGGAGUGAUUCCGAUGCUGACGAGGGCUUGGGUAGGGGUAGAAUCAAGGCACCCAAUUUCGGUGCGGGUAAAUUGACUGCAGAGUCGCGAAAAGCCGCUGCGAGUAAUGAAGAUGAUGUGUUCUGCUGA